UCAUAUUCAUUCAAUAUCAUUUGACAACAUAAACAAUCAUAAUUUUUAUUCAAAUAAUUUAAUAGUUAGUGAUGACAUAAGCUUCUUUUUUUUGUUAUCCCUUCUCUCUCUAAUGUGGACGCCGCAGCAACUGCUCCAACCAGUGCCACCCCACACACUCUUCCACUCUUAUUCGCCUUCAAAUCUUACAAAGAUUCCAUCUUUUGCGAAACUGAAUUCGACCCACCAUUCCAAAAUUCGCAAUGGAGUUGCGAAGACCUCAAUAACUUUGGAAGAACUUCCCCCAAACGCGCUUCGGAGGAAGCGGGAAGCCGAAUGGAGCGGAGGAUUCUCCCUUGGCUUGGAUUUGGGAAUGGCUCGCACUGGGAUUGCACUCAGCAAAGGCUUCAUUGUUCGCCCUUUAACGGUUUUGGAACUCCGAGGACAGAAACUCGAGGUGCAGAUAAUGAACAUUGCCGAAAAACAGGAGGCUGAUGAGUUUAUAAUUGGACUUCCAAGAUCUUCUGAUGGAAAAGAAACAACACAGUCGAACAUAGUCCGUACCGUUGCCGGAAGGCUAGCUGUUCGGGCUGCUGAGAGGGGUUGGAGAGUAUAUCUACAGGAUGAACACGGAACAACAACAGAUGCCAUCGUUCGAAUGGUCGACAUGGGAUUGAGUAAGUCUAAUCGGCAGAAGAAACUUGAUGCCUAUGCUGCUGUGAUGUUACUGGAGAGAUAUUUCUCGACAUCAGGUGAGAAAACUGAACUCGUCUUGCCGAAGAAUCUUGAACUACAAGAAAAGCUUAGAAAGGGGCCUCCGAAAGAUGAUGAUUUUUACUCCGAUGAAGAUUAAUCACAGAAUAAAAGAGUUUGUACCAUUCCAUCAUUCAUGUUCACAGAGUUGAAGUGUGCAUGAGGAAAAGUUAAGGUUAAAGUUGUUGGUGAGUAAUGUGUCUGUUUUGUUGAAAUUGUUAAUAGGCUUUUUGUGACUGUGAAGAUACUUGAGAUGAUUUAGUUAAUUCAAUUGAGAAACUGAAUGAAUACAGUGAAUGCCUUUAGGUUU